AUGCAACGAGAUGAAGUCCUGCCGGGUGUACGUGGAAAACCUGACGCUGAAGUGAUUCAAGACGUGACGUCAACGUUCUUCCUCCUGCUGGCUAUCUAUUUUCCAGCUGUCACUGGCAUUAUGACCGGUACCAAUAUGAGUGGUGAUCUACGAGAUCCCCAGCGCUCAAUUCCGAGCGGUACCAUAGCGGCUACGGUCACCACGUCGAUCAUCUACUACGCCUUGGCUGUGCUUUUUGCUGCCAGUAUCGAUAGAUCUGUGCUCAGAGACAAAUUCGGCCGAUCAAUCGAUAAUAACAUGGUGGUCUCGACGCUGGCCUGGCCGUCGCCAUGGGUGGUCACCGUCGGAUCUUUCCUGAGUACUUUUGGUGCAGCUCUACAGUGCUUAUGCAGUGCACCUCGACUGUUGCAGUCGAUAGCCAAAGACGAUGUCAUUCCUAUAUUGGCGCCGUUCGCCCGAGUUACGGCCAACAACGAACCUCUACUGGGAUUACUUUUGACAACGUUCAUCGCCGAAUUGGCUAUACUUCUCGGUGCUGUCGAUAAAAUCGCUGAGGUCCUUGACUUCUUCUUCCUGAUGUGUUACGCGUUCGUGAACCUGAUCGCAGUUCUUCAUUCUGUCCUGAAGGUGCCCAACUGGCGGCCGCGUUUCAAAUAUUUCCAUUGGCUACUAUCAUUGAUGGGAGCGUUUCUGUGCUUCUUCAUAAUGUUCGCGUCGGACUGGCAUUUGGCUUUGGCCGCUUGUGGUAUCACAUUCACCAUUUACAAAUACGUGGAGUGGAAACGG